CGCCUAGCAACCAUAGGCAUGGAGAUGGGAGAUGGAAUCUUCCGAUCAAGAAAUAGAUAGUAAGCCAUGAUAACUGGACCUUAGUGUGCACGGAUUGGGUAAAAUGUAAGAAGACUAGCAAGGUUCUUCCCUCUCAUCUCCCUCAUCUGGUGCAGCCCUGGUUGCUAUACCUCCAGAAGAAGCAGUGAGAAUCUCACACAUUGCUCUUUCUUUCUCGCUCUCCGCCUCUUCUGGUUCUUGGAGCGUCUAUUAGCACAGGCUGCAGUAUAAAGAUGGCCAAGUCUAAAAACCACACCACCCACAACCAAUCACGAAAAUGGCACAGAAAUGGCAUCAAGAAACCUAGAUCAUUGAAAUAUGAGUCUCUGAAAGAGGCUGACCCCAAGUUUCUGAGAAACACGCCCUUUGGCAAGAAAUACAAGAAGAAGGGGCUGAAGAAAAUGCAGACCAACAAUGCCAAAGCCAUCAAGGCCCUAGCAAAGGUCAUCAAGCCCCUGAGCACUAAGGCCACAAAGGCCAAACUCCUCAGGUCCAAGAUCGCCAAGGACAAUACCCAGCACACCAGUCACAAGAUGGCAACCAAGCAUCUAGGUCCUAGGGUUAGCACCAAAUGCGCAGGCCUCAAGAUCAUGAAGCCUGGCUCUAAGCUUUCCAGAACCGCUAACCCUAGAGCCACCAAAUCUGGCUCCAAGGCCACCAAAUAUGACACCAAGGUCACCAAAUCUAAUCUCAAGGGAGCCAAAUCCAAUCCCAAGGCAGUCAAAGUCCCCAAGUCUGGCUCCAAAGUUACUAAGUCUGGCCCUAACACCACCAAAUCUGGCUCCAAGACCAAUAAGUCUACCAAAUCUGGUGCUAAGAUCACCAAAGCAAACAUAGUCACCAAGACUAACUCCAAAGCCACCAAUUUUGAUUCUAAAGCUAUGAAGUCCAGUGAUUCCAAGGCAAUGAAGUCUGCCAAGUCCAUCAACCCCAAGGGCACCAAAGCAAAAGCUGCUGGGGCUAAGGCUGCUAGUCCUAAGCAUUCAAAAUAGAUGCUUUGGGACAGAAAGGCUUGUUUAAAUCCUAAAACGCUGUUUUGUUUUGUUUUGUUUUUUUUCUCGGCCAGGAUAUGACUAUUUACAAAUAAAGGAAAUGGUGAGUCAUUAAAAAAAAAA